UCUUCCUCUCGCCAAUUUUCCCGAUAUCUCUCGCUUUUCUGUCUUUGGUCUUCCGAGUUCAAGCAAGUGUUGUUGAAAAAAGAAGAUGAAUUUCAAGAAUGUUAACGUUCCCAAGGGUCCUCGUGGUGGUGUCAUAGCUGCGGUUCUUCUCGGUGGGCUCGGACUUUACGGCGCCACACACACUUUCUAUAAUGUUGAAGGAGGGCAUCGAGCCAUUGUCUUCAACCGUCUUGUUGGUAUCAAAGACAAGGUUUACCCUGAGGGUACCCACCUGCUUAUGAUCCCGUGGAUCGAAAGGCUCAUCAUUUAUGAUGUUCGUGCACGACCUUACCUAGUUGACAGUACAUCCGGGAGCCGUGAUCUGCAGAUGGUUAAAAUUGGACUCCGUGUUCUCACCCGUCCCAUGGCUAACCAGUUACCAGAGGUUUACCGAACCCUUGGUGAGAACUACAGCGAGAGAGUUUUGCCUUCCAUCAUCCACGAGACCUUGAAAGCUGUGGUUGCUCAGUACAACGCAAGCCAGCUUUAUACUCAGAGAGAGGCGGUGAGUAGGGAAAUCAGGAAAAUCUUUACAGCACGGGCUGCUAACUUCAACAUUGCGCUGGACGAUGUGUCCAUCACAGUCUUGACAUUUGGAAGGGAGUUCACGGCAGCCAUAGAAGCCAAGCAGGUGGCUGCUCAAGAGGCUGAGCGGGCUAAGUUCACUGUGGAGAAGGCUGAACAGGACAAGAGAAGUGCUGUUAUCCGCGCUGAGGGAGAAGCCAAGAGUGCUCAGCUCAUAGGUCAAGCAAUCGCAAACAACCAAGCUUUUAUAACACUGAGGAAGAUUGAAGCGGCUAGAGAGAUUGCACAAACCAUUGCAAACUCGGCGAAUAAGGUCUACUUGAGCUCCAACGAUCUGUUGCUUAACCUACAGGCUAUGGACCUUGAUUUGAAGCCGAAGAAGUAGAAGAACGAGAGCUCUCUCUUCUCUUCCUUUUCGUCUUUCCAAUUCGACCCAAAGCUUGAGAUUUCAGACAGUAUCGUGUACGGCCUUUGCAAUGAUUAUUUCUCAGACACUUCAAAGACAAAAGGUUUAUUGUAAUAUUGCAACUUCUUUCAAAAUGGAAAUAACAAUAAUCUGCAAAAAGAUUAAAAGUGGGCUUGGAAAUGAAAUCGUGCUUCUGGCAACCACCACGAGCCUUCUCUUCGUCGCUGCUUGCUUAGCUCAAAUGGCCUUCCAUGAAAAAGAAUUACUUGGUGCCUUUUCUACAGCGAUUCAUAAGCCGAGCAGAGUGGAAGAAGAUCCAUGCCACCAUCAUCAUACAUGGACUGUCGCAGAGCAGCUUUAUGGUCAUCAAAAUGGUUGAUGUAGAUUGGAGACAUGGAGUAUGCAACUCGUCUUUUCGACCAGGUUUCGGAUCCUAAUGUCUUGUUGUAUAAUUCCAUCAUAUCGCGCUUAUACUCACAAUUCAUUGAAUCGGGAUGUGAUCCGAUGUUAUAUCGUGGAAUAGUAUGCUUUCUGGAUAUGCACGGCUUGGGCAGAUGAAGAAGAGCAAAAGCAUUGUUAUUCAUUCCUUGUCGGAGAAAACAAUUGUGUCUUGGACUGCGAUGAUCUCUGGGUACACCGGGAUUGGAUGUUAUGCAGAGGCCAUGGGGUUGUUCCGUGAAAUGCAGUUAGCUGGUAUUGACCCUGACGAGAUCAGUCUCAUUUCUGUUUUACCUUGGUGUGCUCAUCUCGGAUCGCUAGAAAGGGAUUUCUGAAACAAAUUGGUGUUUGCAAUGCUCUUAUUGAGAUGUACUCCAAGUGUGGCACGAUUAGUCAAGCUGUCGAAUUGUUCAACCAGAUGAAUGGAAAAGAUGUUAUAUCGUGGAGUACAAUGAUCGAUUCUCAGGGUAUGCACAUCAUGGAAACGCUGACUAGAGACGGUGGUGAUCGUCCUGAUGAAGACAAUGAAGCUCGCUCUCUUCAUUAUUACUCUUCUCUUAUUGUUUGUUAGACCAAUGUUUGAUUUCUCUAUAUUAAUAUUUCCUUCAUUUCAUAACACCUACAAUGUUGAGAUUUUGGUAGGCUUUGGUCCAUGAUUUCGCUGCU